CUUUGCGUCAGUUAAUCGUCGAGUUUCGAUCCUGUCGGAAUGGUUUUCUGGAGGCAAGCUCAAAACACACUCCAGCAUCCCAGCAUCCCAGCGGUGGAGGAAGCCUGCUGCUGCUAGCCUCUCGGUGGAAAAUAAGGGAAAAGAAGCACAUUUUUGGUCGAAGCGUUUGAAUCAUCAUCGAUCAGCAGCAGGAGGAUGCAAGAAGCGCCAGAGUGAGUGAGUGAGUGAGUGAGAAUUGUGUUCGUUUCGAGGACACAAUCGAUUCGGAUUAAUCGGAAUACUAGCAGGUUACAUUCUCUGGCGGAUGGUUCUGUGUUUCCGGAAGUCGUUUUCGUUUCCUCAGACUCGAUCGACCCUUCGGUGAGGGCAGUACUUUGGUUGACGGCUUAAAAGGUCCUUGACUCGGGCCACAACAAUUCUGACGCAGUGAAAGAAAAAAAAACCAAGAAAGAAGAGGAAAAAUCACAUACACAGUAAGCCAUCGUCGGGUUUGUCGGGUUGUUGUGAGUGAGUGUUCCGUGUGGAGUGGACGCAAGGGAAAAGACAUCCCAUGUGGCCCUAACCGGGUAUAUAGGCGCAUAGGCCGCCACGAGGAAGCAAGACAAAACGACGUCGUCUCUCGCAUAUGUGAUGAGGGAAAAUGGAAAAUGCAUUUUAGGCUCAGGUCCCUGCAGUGGUUACGGCGGAAGCAGACGGAAAUGAGCGAGAGUGUGGAUGUUGUGUCAUUUUGUGAAUGAAAAUCGAUACAAGCCGUGGUGUGCUGUUCGUAAGCCCAGUGGAAAAAAGGGGGGCCACAUCGAGAUAGUCGUUGUUGUUGUUUGCCAGGACUUGAGGCUUGAAUUUGAAGAGCCGGCGCGAGAAAAAAUAAGGCCAAAACAUUAAUUGAAAGCGAGUGUUUUUCCGUGGUUUGUAUCUUUUGGACCGAAGCCCUGGACCUGCCGAACGUGUCGCGUCAAAUAUUCCCUACUCCACUGAGCUGUCCCUAUGUUUUUACAUUAAUAAUACAUCCGUUUCCGCUUGUCGUGGUUGUGAAAUCGGUGUCGAAAACGCCGCGCUGGAAAUAACACGUGUAUUCCCGCUUCAUCAUAAAUCGGGACAAGCCGGCGUUGGUUCGCGAAUCGAAAAUAAGUGUUUUUAUAGCGGGUGCGAAAAAAUCCAAUUCGCCGAAGAGUUAAAGUGAUUUGUGAUUGAAGGAAUACGAAAUUAGAAUCCCGCGUGAUGGCGCUGCAAACUGAUCACCUCACGCAACGCUCGCUCAGUCUGGGUGAAAAAGUAAAGUUAUGAUGCCGUGUGAAUGUUAAGGCUAUCUAAUACCCCAUCUAAUCCAAAAUACUGUUAAAACACACGAAAACACUUGUCCUUCCAGAAAACAGCAGCACUCUGUCCCCUGCACUUCCAAAAUACAGAAUAAAAACUGGCUCAAAACUACAGAAACACUAGUGCAACACUACUUUUAGAGCCGCCACUGUCACCACUCUGUCUCUUUUGUAAAGCCUAAAAAAGCGAAACAAGUAACAAAUACGGAUCGUAUCUAUCUAAAAACAACACAGCUAAAUCAAAACUAGGUCUCCACUUUCUGUACUUUGGUUUUUCUACAUGCAUUCACGUCUAAUAUCAUACAAACACACGACCUAUGUAAACAUUUGAGUGUAUCGCUAAGGCGAAAAACUUGAUUUGAAUCAUCAACUAAACAAGCCGAAAUCUAACCGAGAGCAGUUAAACCAAAAUAAACGUAAUGAAUAAUAAAAAGAUUGCUAGUUACUAUUGAUAUUACUGUUACUACUAAAGUUGUUAGCAUAAAUACGAUAAGCGAAACUAAACCAGCUUUAAACCAGCGUUGAUCGGAGUAACCCUAAUCCUGGCUAAACAAUAAUACAGCUAGUCAAAAUCUUGCAAUAAUAAUUAAAAAAUUAUAAUAAAACAAUAAAAUAUAAGCACGACGAUAUUUUUCGAGCGAAAACGCAAAAACCGAAAAACAGAAAAAUCAACAAAUAAACAAAAAAAUUCCCCCACACCCAUCCAACCCGCAGAUCACACCGAUCGAGCGCGAGCGUGUCCGAUUCGGAAGCCGACGACAAUCUUAUGAGCAACAACAACAACGUCAGAUACUAGAGCAUCAUCACUAUUACUGCACCCAAGUAGACCCAAGUCAACGUCGCCGCUGCCACCGGACGCGACCGCACGAUGGAGCUGGUCACGACGAGCGCCACGCUAGUGCUCCUGUUGACACUGGUGGCGCUGAUGCUGUUGCUGCCGUACCAGAGCGUUGGCGCGGUGACGGCCCUUUCGGCCCUGUCCACGGUGCCCCCCGAGAGCGCCGGGACGGCCCUGGCCGUGGUGCGACUGGGCGCGCGGCUUGCCGGAAGGCUGCUGCCGUCGAUGGUUACGCUUGGCGGAAUCGGCUGGAUGUGGCUUGUGCUACCAGCCGUCAGCGCUGGUUAUCACGAGAAACGUCUGCUGCAUCACCUGUUGGACAACUACAACGUUUUGGAGCGGCCGGUGGUUAACGAGUCCGAUCCGCUGCAGUUGAGCUUCGGUUUGACGCUGAUGCAGAUCAUCGAUGUGGACGAGAAGAAUCAACUUCUAAUCACCAACAUUUGGCUGAAAUUGGAAUGGAACGACAUGAACGUCCGGUGGAACUCGUCCGAGUACGGGGGCGUCCGGGAUCUCCGGAUACCGCCGCAUCGCCUCUGGAAGCCAGAUGUGCUGAUGUACAACAGUGCCGACGAGGGCUUCGACGGAACGUACCCGACGAACGUGGUCGUCCGGAACAACGGGUCGUGUCUGUACGUGCCGCCGGGCAUCUUCAAGUCCACCUGCAAGAUCGACAUCACCUGGUUCCCCUUCGACGAUCAGCGCUGCGAGAUGAAGUUUGGAUCCUGGACGUACGACGGAUUUCAGCUAGACUUGCAGCUGCAGGACGAAUCCGGCGGCGAUAUCAGUAGUUUCAUAACGAACGGCGAAUGGGAAUUGCUGGGUGUGCCCGGAAAGCGCAACGAGAUUUACUACAACUGCUGCCCCGAACCGUACAUCGAUAUCACGUUCGCGAUCCUGAUCCGGCGGAAGACACUCUACUACUUCUUCAACCUGAUCGUGCCGUGCGUGCUGAUUGCGUCGAUGGCCCUGCUCGGUUUCACACUGCCACCGGACUCCGGCGAAAAACUGUCCCUAGGAGUCACUAUUCUACUGUCACUCACCGUCUUCCUCAACAUGGUAGCGGAAACCAUGCCGGCCACUUCGGAUGCUGUGCCCCUGUUAGGAACCUACUUCAAUUGCAUCAUGUUCAUGGUGGCCUCCUCGGUAGUGUCAACGAUCCUGAUUCUGAAUUAUCACCAUCGAAACUCGGAUACUCACGAAAUGUCCGAAUGGAUCCGAGUUGUGUUCCUCAUCUGGCUUCCGUUCAUCUUGCGGAUGAGCCGUCCAGGAGAGCCAUUCCCCCACCCGUGUCGUCAGUCAGUGGACGAAAAGAACAAACAGCUGCAGGAAGUUGAAAUGCGUGAAAGAUCCUCCAAAUCCUUGCUGGCGAACGUGCUGGACAUAGAUGACGACUUCCGGUGCAACCACAGAUGCAGCACACUGCCCCACAACCCGACCUACUACCGAACGAUGUACCGUCAGGGUGAGGACGGAACGGUUGGCGUUGGCCCUCUGGGUGGCGGUGGAACCGGCACGCUCGGACAGAGCGGUGGUCUGGGAACGAUCAGUGCUGCCAGCGGUGUAGCCGGACGUCUGCACGAAACCGUUUCGUCGCACACCUGCCUAAGCUCGUCGGCCGAGUACGAACUGGCACUAAUACUGAAGGAAUUGCGGUACAUCACAGAUACGCUUCGCAAAGAGGACGACAAUGGUGAGGUUACCCGGGAUUGGAAGUUUGCCGCGAUGGUGGUCGAUCGUUUGUGCCUUAUCAUCUUCACCCUGUUCACGAUCAUCGCGACGCUUGCUGUAUUAUUUUCGGCGCCUCAUUUCAUCGUUUCAUAACAACCAUCAUCGUCAUCAACCGCAACGACAGCAGUAUCGCCGGCAGCAGCAGCAGCAACAGCAACGACACCAACCAUCGCAACAGAACCACCCUUUCCUACGACGAUCCCAGCGACCUCUGGCCCUGACACCGAUGGCGCCGGCGCUAGUGUCAAUAUUGUUCAGAUUCUCCACCCGGUGGGUUCCGAUCCCGAGGGGUCGAAUGUCAAGAAUACUUCCUCCUGGAUUCUGCUGGGAGGAACAAUGGCGAUAGUGGUUCUGGUUGCUGCCCUAGCUUCCAUUGGCUUCCUGCUGGCGGCCCUGGUGCUGCUGGGUAACGAGACACUGACUCAACUAUUUGCGGUGACUGAGUUAAAAGUUAAAAAGUAUGUUCACAUUUUCGUAAAGAAUUUUAAAUUAAUUAACGAUGGGUAGGUGCGACCCGUGGCGGGUCUGAUCUAGUAGGGAAAUUUUUUAAACGAAGUACAGUACUUUUCUCGUCGAUAUUGAUUACCGUCAACUAAUCCCAUGUUCUGGUUUCCGUUCUCUAUGAUUGAAAUCACACGUAAUAAGUGAUUUGAACAAAAAAAAAGACAGAAAAUAGGCAAAAAAAACAAUACCCUUUUAGACAUCCCAUUUGAGUCGAUUUAAGUGAGAGAACAUGUGUACAUUGUGGUUACAAGCGGAGGAACGAAAUCGUAGCAAAUUAUUGAAUUCAAUCCGGUUUCUAUUUACAUCAUAUACUACUGAGAAAAAAAAAUUGAUUGUACAUAACUGAUAGACACUGUUAGGAUACACACUACUACACACAGACACCACUAUUCUAAACUAGGCCAUACGAGAACUGUAAAUAAUUUUAACGAUUUUCAUCUUCCCACACUACAGAAAAAAUAUAUAUGCUUUCGGUGAUGUGACGGUUCGUUUACGAUUAAGGUUCGUUUCCAAAUCGGCGCCCGGUCGCCGUUUUCAUCCCAGUAGCCAGUGUUAUUCUCUUCCGCUAUAUAGUAAAGUUAAAACACACACACACACGGACACACGUAAACAUAAACACACCCACACACACUUACCUAAAAUAAGUGACAAAUAAGAAGAAGAAAAACAAAUCAAAGAGAGUCGCAUCAAACUUAUUGAAAAACCAUUAGGUAAUAAUAACUAAAAUAUUGAAAACGUUUUAUACCUAAGUAAUGUUUUUAUACUAAAACAAAUAGGUCAAACGAUUAGUUACUAACAACUUUUUAAGGUGUAUCGGCGGAAGUAAAAUUAAACAACAAUGAAAAAAACAAUAGCUAAUCGGCUAGGUUAAGUUGUUAACCAUAUUCUAUUCAAAUAAUGUUGAAACUACGUUGUAACGUACACCGUAGCUAUGUUACAAUUGAAUCAGAAAAAAGAUAAGGCGACGGAACGCCAACAGAACAAUUACACUCACAGUUUUGCAAAGUGGAUGAAAUGUUCAAUUUAACAACUUUAGCUGUUAGGGGGAAUCCGUGCGGCGCGUGGUUGUUGAUUUUUGGAUGUUUUCAAUUUUGUUUUUAUUCGAAACUGUGGAGCACAUGAUAAGGGAAAAGAUGGGACUACGUCUAACUAAAAAGUGAAAGAUUUCGGAUGCUUAUGACUCGAACAUUUCUUAAUAGAUCGGAAAGAUAUUUGCACCAAUUGAUAGGAAAUAUUUCUACGCGUCUAUCACAAUUAAUAAAAUGUAAUUUUUCAUGAGAUUAGCAAUUGAAUAAUUGUGAAAUGUCAAGCGUUAUCUAAACGCCCUAACUGUCACUUUUUGAAUGGCCCGAUUUACGCAAUACAGACUUCAAAACCAAUGAGUCUGGGAAAAAUCGGCAUUUCAAAUACAUGCGAGCACAAAGGCAAACGAGUACAAAGUAGAAGCAAAAUAUGUUUCCCAAACACGUAAUACUAAACUGAGGAGCCUGAGAAAAUCGUCAUUUCAGACACUGGCGACGAAUGAACUUCCAUGUUUAAAGUGUCUAUAGUAUAAAAAGUAGAAGUUCCGAAGUUGUUGAUUCAUGCAAGCCGAGAGCCCAAAUCUUCCGUUUGUUUUUUUUUGCACUCCGGAAUGUGUGUCCAACACGGACUACAAAUGCGGGUACGAACACAACGCUUUGGUUCGAUUGUUCGGGACUUCAUUGGAAGAUAUGCCUUCAUAUAUUUUGCUCACUGAAUUCCUAUUCAUAUCGUUUGAUGAUUAUCCAAAAUGUUGUCAUCAAAUUUACUCGUAACGGAGAACACAAUCGAUUACAUUCCAUGAAUUGGUGUUACAUGGCAUUUGUGUAAAUUAUUCACUUACAAAGCAAAUAUGUUGAAUUCAAUUGAAUUCAAAAAUCGUUUCAUUCAGUAAUUAAUUUAAUCAGUACAAACAAAUGAUUACUAAGCCAACGACAAAAUUUCAAUCACCAACGAGUGUUACAGGAGGGUUGUGUCCGAGAAACGAACGCAUAUGAGCCACUGGGAGAGCACAGAUUGCUUGUGCCAAUUGACCAAUCAGAACGCGGGAUACUCGUGUAGAUAAUGCUUCACAAUUUUAAAUUGUUCGAUGGUUAGGUUCAUAAAAUAUACAUUUUUCUUUAAUGUAUUAAAUAAUUGGGAUGUGCCUGAAUCGAUUGAUGCAAAUAUCUCGUAAGUCCAUCAGCAAAUGACUGAGCAAUAAGCGCUUGAAAUUGGCUAAAAGGUUGUAACUCAAACCUUAUCCAUAUACCUAAUUAUUGAAACGGUAUGUAAACCAACCUGGAAAACCUACAAUUGUGAGGUGGUUGAUUGAAAGAUCUAGGUUAAUCUGUUGUAUAGUAUAGGGCCAAAACAAUAAGAAUACAAUGUCACAAUCAUUCGAAUUCUCGAGCGCAAAUGAACUUAUGUCUUUUAGAGACAAUGUGCAUUCAGACCGCUCGAUGUUCUCCAGAAUUAGAAGUAAAAGUCGCUUUGUUGUUGAAUUAAUUCUAUAUGCUUGUGGAUUUUUUGCUUGGAAAACCCCCGAGACCCCGACCCCGAGACAAAAGUCUCUGUUAAUUACUUAUAAAAAAGCAAAAGUAAGCAAGUGACACUGAUAAAAAAUCAAUCGAAUGACACUGAGACAAAAGUCCUAAUUCUUUCGACGAUAUUUUCUUCCAAUACUUCCAAGUACGAUAUCAUACUGAAAUAUCUUCACAUAUUUCAUAAUGUCUUCAUAAAAUCAAAUGUCUUCAUAGUAAGUCAAAUGUCUUCAAAAUGAAGACAAGUCUUCAAACCUGGCAUCCCUGCUCACGAUGAACCCGUGCAUACAAAUGUCAGUUUAUGUUCAGCACACUUUACACUACCUAGAAUCUGUUCAGUCUGUACCACACACGCUUUGUGGACGUCGCGUUGGGCAAAACCUCCUUGUGUUGCACCGGUACAAGCCGAUAAUCCGAGGUUAUAUAGAUGCGUUAGGAACACUUCCUUUGGGCUUCAGUCGAGUGGUCGAAUAAGAUUGCCAUGUACCCUUCUCAAAGAUAUUCAACUAUGCGGUGGAGCCUCGGAUACAACCCCUCCUACUUUUAUUAGUCCUUGAAAGCAUGCUCUGGGCGGAUAUUAAUUAAUAUCCGACUGGGUUUUGAUACUACAGAAUUAAAAUCAUGAGAGAUCUGCCUUGUUUUUAGCAUUGGACUUAAUAUUGGUUUUGUCAACAUGUGAUCCAAAGAGAAACUUGCUGUCCAUUGUGAGGUAUAGUAUCACUGUAAGACUCAUCAUCUACCUGAACUAGUUGGAGAUAUUUUGAGAAUGGGAAAAGGAUAGUCUGGCCUAUCUAAAGUUUUACAGUGAGAAGAAUUAGUCACUCUACUCUUAAAGAUGAUGACGAUGUCAUCCGCAAACUGAGACGGAACUUCAUCCGGAAGAAGAGGAAGGUUUCUAUCAUGAUACAUUCUAUCAAAACUAUACCAGGUUUUAGUAGUUUUAAAUUUCUCCAGGUAUGGCCCUGUGUGACUUUUUCCCAUUUCCAAAACUCAAAUUACCACUUAGUGGGACUCGUUUUGACCGCAUUGAAGACAUAAAAAUAAAUUCGAAUGCAUUAAAAAGUAUUGGCCCAAAAAUACUUCAUUAGGUUAUUGCAGCAAUCAUUUUAAAUAAUUUUGAAUUCGUGCUAUUCGCAAAGACCCAAAACAUUUAGCCAGAAACAGAGUUUGUGUCUUAUUCCCGUAUUCACUUGCACUUACGUUCUCACUACUUCACUACAUCUCACCUCACUUUUUAGCACCUAUUCCCAUUUCCACCGAUCGUGAGGUGAAAAUUCCGUGUUCGUGCGUUCAUUUCCAAUGUCAUUUCUGAGAGAAACGUCAGUUGUAUUUUGUUUUGUUUUAUCCUCGAGUAGUGGACGAGUUGUGUCGGAAAAGAAAUAUGAUCGGCGAUUACGAUGAGCACGAGGAAUCGCUCUGUUUACACAAACUUGAGCGGGAAGUAAGGCCCAUUGAUCAGCUUAAUGGUUGUAUUGUAAACUGAUCAGAGUAACUCAUCCGUACACAAGAGAAAACUCGGUAAGGACCAACAGUGAUGGAGAAUUUUAGUUUCUCGAUGGCAGAUUCGACGCUGGCAAGAAAGAUUCGACGCUGGUUUCUCGAUGACAGAUUCGACGCUGGCUUUCAUUACCGGUAAAACCGAUAAAUUACCGGUUCUCAUCAAUCCGUUUAGAGACGUUUAGCUUGGGCUGGACGUUGAUACCAUUGAUUACUGCAAUCGUCGUUAAAGUUUUUCCUUGAUGGUCAACUGUUCUACUGGUUCUGCAUCGUCCAGUGGAUUCUUUCCCUCCUAAUUUCCAGGUACUGAAUCAAUACCGUAAUCGUAAAUUCACGAUCAAUGUCACGAAUGCCUGCUUGAUCAAUGCAAUCCGUGAUGAUUGAUAGAAGAUGCCGAAGUCAUCAUUAAUGGUGUCACGACCACGAGCAGAAUUAUUGUUCAUAUACGCGAACAAAUCCGCAUAUACGAAACGUUUUUCUGCAAUCCUUUCAAUCAGAACAUCGAAAAUUCAGAUUUUUGGUCCGAUAGCUGUUUUAACAUAAAUUGCCAUCCGCCGUCAGCUUCAUAAAGGGUGCAGUUUUUUCGACAUAGCAGUUCAACAGCGGUCAGAACAAGUACGAGAGCAACUCCUUUAUCGCAGUUGUGUUUGUUCGAUCUUAUUUAGAUUUUCGAGUAAAAUUUCAAAUAAAAAUUACCGAAAUUACCGGUUAUUGAUUGAAAAAUUACCGGUAAUUCGGUAAUGAAAAAUGAUCCGGUAUUACCGCUGAAACUGGUUAACAAUCCCUACUGUCCACCGAUUUGCAUCGACGAGAUGGACUCGUUGAAAACACUUUUGAUGUGCUCAACCAGAAGAUGAAAAAGAAUCAUGGGGGGUUGUGUUAAGGGCGUAACCACAUUUUUGACCUAGGACUACGAAAUUAUACUAUCCACUGCGGAUAUUAUUUAAGAAUCCACCAACAAUUUUGAACAACUCUUCAAUAGAAAGUUUUAGUGGUGUGAAAUGAACCGUGAUUUUAUACAGAAUCAGCUAAAGAUGGUUGCAACUAGAGUCAUCCUUUUCCUCAUGAGUCAUUAUAAUACGACAAGCACGAGAAUAAUGAGCAAGUAUCGAAUUGCGGAGACGAUUCGGCAUUCCUACCUUUCACGCUGAAGGUCGCGAAUUCAAUUCUCAUUCCCGACAUUCUUCCGAAAAAGAAAGUCAAGCGACGAACCAGCCAAAAGUGUUAAAAUCCACUAUAAUACAAGAAUAGAAAGAAUAGAAAGCAUCGUGUCGCACUAGGCGGCAUGAAAACCAACGUUCUGUAUCAUUUCAUAAAAUUCAACACCUGGAUUUGAAACAAAAUCGAACCACGACACCGUUCACAACAUGGCACACUAUCGGGCCUCCAAAGUGGAGUGAUUGCAAAUAAUCUGCGUUUACGCUCUGACCGUGUAUUCAAGUUUAUUGCUUGUUUUUUUUUUCUAUAACUACAAACUACAAAGUGCAUUCGCCUCUAGCCUUGAAAAGACCCUCUUAGAAAAUCAACCAAUGAAGGGUCCUGGGAUUGAAUCCAUGGCCAUUGGCUCGACUUAGACCCUCAAAGUGAGCAAGGUGCCAUCAGGUAGAGAGUAAAUUGCAAUAUUUCCUCUCUCCACAAUGUUGUGUUUGUUCUCUCGAUUUACGCGUGACUGAUUCGCAGUGGUAUUUGCAGUUGCUCCUUAUUGGCGACACGGAUAAGGAAGCUCUCAAAUGAGUAGAACAAAUAUAUGGAAAAAUGAAAAUGCUUCAGGUUUGAAACAUUUGCAGACCGAAAGAUUAUAAUGUAGGGGAGAGGGAGGCAGAUUAGCGACGUUUCAGCUUUGGAGAGCCCUGGAUCUUGGAAUUUUUUUUAAAUGUUGAUGCUGAUUUUUAUAGCUUGAAGUGUUUUCUAUCAUAUUAUCUAUUGGAUGGACAAAAAAACUAAAAAACUUUUCCACCAAAAAACUUUGCGCAAAAAGCGUCGAAUUCGCCAUCUUGCCUUCACGUGGAGGCAAGAUGGCGAAUGCCUGGGACCAAGUUGGCGAAUAUGGUUUGAUCACCUAAAAAUCAACAAAAUGUAAUAACAAUUAUUUAUUUAUCCAUGGUUGGAACAGUGGAAACGCCAGUUUCAUCAACAUUGUAAAUGUCACACGAAGGAAAACGAUACUGAGCUCGUAUAUCUCCCAAAGUUCGAAAAAAUGAGUCGAAAUUUUCUUUAUUGAAUGCCAUUAAUCGAGCCGCUGAGGUAUUUUCUGGCUUUCUCAAAGAUAGUUUAUGAGCCUUCAUAAACAUGUCCGUCCAGCGCAUGUUCUUUUGAAAGGGUGCUCUAUGCCAUUUUUAACCGCAAACGAAUAGGCAAUUCUUCCAAGCUGGACCUUUGUAAGACCAAACGCACGCUGGUCAACAGCGACCACAAAAUCAUACAGCUCUUUUAGUUGAGCGUCGCUGAAUGUGACUUUAAAGCGGCCUUAAUUGGACGACGUAUCCUGAAAUUGAUACAGAUUUAAUUUUUUUGCAUAAAGAACAUGGAAACGCAAAUGCUGAAUUGAAAAUCUAACCUCCAUGUCUGGAUAUUUUCGUCGAUAGCGUCUCAAAGUUGAUUCUGGCACACAGAACUGUUUUGAAGCACCCAGAACAGACGAAUCUUCUUCUAUAGCUUUCAUAACAUUCUCCAAACUGGUGUCCGACCAACAUUGGUCUCUUUUUCGCUUAUAAGUUCUAACCAUCUGGAAUAAAAAACCAAAAAUUAACAUAAUGUUGCAGUUCGCCAACUUGCCCCCAAAAGACUUUUUCGUUAAAAAAAAUUUAGCUGACAAAAAUUCAUGAUUCAAACGCGCCGAUUAUGUACAAUAGAGUACCUUUGUCAUGUAUAAAAUUAUUUUGUAAUUUUAACUUUUCUCAUAAAGUGUAUAAUGAAAUUUGAAAAAACGGAAAAAAUAACAAAAUCACGAUUUUUCACAUUUUUAUGUUUCACUUUUUUUGUGAUAACAUUUUCGGCGUUACCGAGUACAAAGUUUGGCCUUGUUAUGAUGCAUCUUCAGUAAAAAGUAGGUGGCGCUACCUUCAUUACAACGGGUCAAAUUACCGAUUCGUCAUCUUGCCUCCCUCGCCAACUUGCCUCCCUCUUCCCUAUAGCAUAUAGUUUUCACGGUUAACAUGACUUCAUAAAAACGUGACAUGUUGUCUGGUUUUGUUCUUUUACUUUUACUUUUCAACCCUAAGUGCAGACAGCUUUGUUAGCCAAGCGAGUUUCCACUGAUAGUCCAUUCUCCUUCCUUCUUGUUUUCACAAAUGAUCUAGAACUAUUCAGAUGAUUAUGGUUGCUACGAAAUACUGUAUACACACUGAUAAACAAUUAUGAAGAAUUGAUCCGUUCAUCGAACCAAGUUUCAGUAAGAAUUAGAGCAUCGAAGUUGGAAUCAACAGGUUGUCUAUCUUCGUUCUCAGGCCACAAAAACUUUGGUAGACAGAUAAUAUAACCGUCGGAACUAUAGGGGUGCAGACGGAAGAAUCGAUCAAAAUUUGAUGAUUGAGUUUUGAUGAGGAGGAACAUUUCUGGAACAUUUCAUGAGGCGAUCAGCAAUGAGUGAGUUAAAUGUCGGAAUAGCUAAUGCAGUUUUGCUGUGAAACUCAUAAAGCCCAGGAACUAUCGGGAGUUUAUUGGUUGUAUGAGAGACUCGAAAGAUUCCGGCACCUUUCACAACUACUGAUUUCAGCUGGUGAAAUACAAGCUGCAAGCGCGACUGCAUCGGAAGAACUAUGGGCUUGCUUGGUGCUAAAACAGUGUGUUCAUGGAUAAGUUUGGAAUUUAUGUCACGAACUCUCUCGACCAAGCGUCCAUAAACGAAGUUAUGUGUCUGAGAGAUUUGUUCACACCGAUUUUGAACAUGACAUCGACUAUCAAAUUCAUACAUUCCAUUGUGAACUUCAAGAAUUCGGUAUCCGAAGAACUCGAGUCAGUUGCGGACAAUUUUCGUUCCGCCGGUGGAGAAACUGUUUUGAUUAUUUCGGGCGCAGCUUUAGUGCAGUCUCAGCAGAUUUAAAGACGAUUUAAAGAUUUAAAGACGCAUUGUUAUUAGGUUUAGUGGAGCGGUAUAUGAAAACAGUACGGAAGAAAGCAGAAGGGGAACUAUUUACUUGAAGCGUGAAAGAGACAGACUGAUCACAAGCGAGCUUGGGCACAAGCGUAUUGUGUUUUGUUCACAAACAAAACACAGUAGGCUUCCAAGAUGGCUGAAGAGUGGUUUUAGCAAGUUGGCCCACCUUAGGAUAUAUUUCUAGGCGCCUUGAUCCCUACAUAGGAUAGCCCCAAUGAGAUACAUAUCGAGGUGGUGUAGUAGUAGGCGAAGUAUGUUUGCAUUGGCAAGCAAAAUGUGGUGUCGUAAUUAUUUGCAUUCAAUAUGAUUAUGCGUUUGUAAAACAAAUAUAUGCGUUAUAAAAACAACAAAAAAUUAAAUACAUGUUCACAAUACUCAUGGUUCCAUUAUGAUUUGAGCCAAAAUUCUCAUGAUCUUGCAAUUGUUUGUUUUUCAACAGAUGACAAUUGUAUUGUGACUUAAUUCUAUUGUUUAUGUGGUAAAGAGGUCCAAAAAGCACUCGUAUUCUUAAUCCUCGAAAGCGUGAGGUGAAAUGCUGAAUAAUUGAAGACUAUCUUCUCACAUUACACAAAUACAGUAACACAGAGCCCUGAAAAUAACAACUUAGAACCGUUGAAAUAAUGAAACUUGUUUGUUUGUCCGAGGAAUGAAAAUGACACACAACACCAUCAAUUUUCUUCGUCUUUUUCGACGUGAGUUCACAAAUAUCCACUGCACCCACCCAUAAUAAACGGGUAUUCCAAUGAAAUGUAUGUUUUUAAUUGAUUAAACACAUACUGAAAAUAUAAUGUUCACAUGCAUUUGGCAGGGAACAACACAAAUAUUGACGUCACGAUGAGGAAAAUAGUUAUGGCAGCGCAUGCUAUGUCGCUCGUAACUCUAUCAUCUUCAUUGCCUUUAUUUCCAUGACAUUGGGAUAUUCCUCCUUUCUCCUGUCACUGCCCCACGGUUUCUUAAAUUUCAAGUUAAUUUUGUUGAUUUAGUUUAAAUUCGGUAUUUCUAAUCGUUUUUGUUUAAUUAAAAAAAAAUUGUUAUCUGAUGAACUUAUGGAUGUUUUGUAUUAUCUCAAAUUAUUUUUAAUUGAUUCGUAUGUUGCUCAUUGCUGGAAACUUUGAACUAUACUCAGAUACUUGAUUGUUGGGUAGAUUUAGAGCUAAUUCAAUGGAUUACAUACAAGAUGAGUUUCUUAUCUACAAUUAUGUAGCCUUUUCUGUCAUCAUAAACCAAUUUGCCAUUAAAAAAAUUCAACCACAAAAGCAACCCGUGCAAUACUGACAGGCACAGAAACAAUAUAUGAAAAAAACAAAAUAUUAACAUAAACGAUUACAGAAGAAAAAACUGCCAUUCGACACUGCAACGGCAAAAGCAAUGGGAAGAAAACCAAAACAAAGUUGCUACGCAAAAAAAACACUAAAGCAUAAAUGAGGAGACUACUCUCCUUCAAAGGUAUAGUGGACAAACAGUAGCACUAUUACGAAGAAGAAAAAAGCCAAAACAAAAAAACAAGAACUAAGAUCACGUUGUUUGGAAGAAGAAAAAUGCUGUGAUAAAAAAUAUUUUCGUAUUUAUUGUCUAAGGCAAAGAAAUGAUGAGAAGAUAAACACAAAAACCACAUUGUUAUUCGAUAGAAGAAAUAAAACACUUUAUAUAACCGGUUAUUAGGAGUUAUUUAUAGGCAAAAGGAAUGGGGUGACGAGUGAUCCCCAUGCAAACCCACGACAUCCGAUGUGGUAAUCCAGAGCGAUCACAGCGUAGUGGCAAUAUGAGGACGAUGCCGAGCUACAACACCGUAGAUUUAAUAAUCACAUGCUACAUAUAGUUGACAGAAAAACAUUAGAGCAGAGUGAACAAUUCGAUGAAAACAGAGAAACUCCGGAACGGAAACUCCGUUUGUAAAUAGUGGCUAGGAAAAUGAGGAAAAAACACGAACCGUUAUUUUUAUAUACACAUACAUAUACAAGUAAGCGAUGAAACGCCCGCGCGGAUGGUCGGAAACAUGCCUCGAAUGAGGAAUCAAGGAAUCUAACGUUUAAAGCAUAUAUAUAAUAUAAUAGGAGAUACAAAAAAAAUAGAACAAAACAGAGCAUUCGCGAAUUCCGAGCGGUGAUUAGUGACCCUUUGAGCGACAAGACACUGAAUCAAACUCAUUUUAUAACAUUACAAACAAAGCUAGUUAAUGCAUACUUAGGAAAUAUUGUGAGAGAGAAGGAAAAACAAACAAACGCGAUACAGUGACGGAAAGCGAGAACAAAACAUAAGCGCAUUAUGGUAAACUAGAAACAAGUUCAAAAAAACAGAGAAAGCGAUAAACACAGAAAAAAGAAAAGCAAGUGAAUAAGAUACCCCAAUUUGUGUUGUUUUUAUACCGAUACACUAACAAUUACUUUCUCUCACGCACACAACCGCAACCAGUGAAAAGAUACUGAACAAAGGCACACAUAAACACAUUCACAAGUCCGACUGCGUUUCCCACACGCCAUUUGUAAAGCCACGGCUCAUCAAAUGCUGUUGUUAGGUUAGAUUCGAAGAGUGGAAAGGGAGGAGAGUCAAAAUUUCUAAAUACUUUGAAGCGUUGUUAUGUUUGUAGUAAGAAUAGAAAGAAAGAAUUAGACAAAACAAAUACACAGACACGCAAAAGUCUUCCUAGGAUAAUACAUGUGCAAAAUAAACAGAACACAAGAACACACUUCCACCCAUGAAAGUGUAAAAUUAAAAGAUUUGUCGCCUGUAUUGGUUUUAUACCCGUUCGAAUUUUUGUUCAUACGAGUAUUGAGCUUCUUAAAAUCGAUUAAUUUUGAAGGAAGAGGAUUCCGCCGAUUGGUUUAAAACAGUUAGUUGACAAAUGCCCAAAUAACAUGCAAUUGAAAACAGUCAAUUAUACCACAAAUAUUUUUGAAGCAAUUACACAAAUACACUUGGUAUUACACAGUUAAAUUAUGACAACCACAAACAGAAUUGUUAUUAUGUAUCGAACGAAACGAGCGAAAACUGAAGAGAGAGAACCUAAAAGCGUAAACAAAGCAACACGAAGUCGCCAUGUUGACAACCGACACUCACUCACAUACAUACACGACACUGAGACUUCCACUGGAGUCAAAAUGGUGAUAUUAAUCAAAGAAAAGGAACUGUUAAAACUAAAAGUGCAACAUAAAUCGGCAAUUACUUACCACUGUAGACAUUGUAGCGAUAACAACAACAAACAAGAGCGAUUGGACGAUGGCAAAAGCAUACAACAACCGCACUCAUACACACACACCCGAAGGGACAACAAAAAAACAAAGAUCACACUCUUAACUACUCUUAUUAUAUCGUUGAAACCAUAUUUCUAUGAAAAAAGGAACAAUUCUAGCACAAAUUAACCGAAUUAUGGCAACACUUGGACAACACUAAUACUAACGAAUAGAACAGGUAAUUUCGGGCAGCUUUAACGCCAAUCUAAGUAGCUUGCGUUAAACUUUUGGUUCAAUUCAAACUUGCAACACACUCACACAGUGUCGAUAGGAAUUGCUUUUGUACACAUGUUAUUCGCCACCACACAAAACAAAAAAAAAACACUCACACAAACACACAAACUCUUCGGAAGCAAUUGUUGUGUCACUCACCCGCAACCACACAAGAACAUUACUGAUACUACUACUAAUACUUCUAUUACUACUACUAUUCUAACUUGCCAAACACUUGCCAAGAAAAUAUAAAACACAAAUAGACAAUAUCAAUUGUUUGCUGGCUUUUCAUCUUUUUCCUAUAUACAUAUAAGCGAAAACGGCAAAGCAAAACAAAAAAAAACUAGAAAUAAAAUACAGUUUACAGUUUAGACUAAAAAUCAAUCGUUGAAUCAAAACAAAAGCAACUUGUUUAUUCCACCUAGGGGGAAAAAUGUUAUAGGUAUUUACUUAGAAUAGUGAGCUCGUUUUAUACAAAAGAAAACAUAACAACAAAUGAUAACAAAAAAAAACUGAAACUAAGAAAGCAUUAUAACGUUCAAUUUUUAAAUCAAAACAAAGUGCGACAAGGCAUAGCAACUUUUGGCAAAUAAACGACAACAGAACAAACAAGACAUGGAAGGACUUACCAGAUCUGAAACCUAAUUAUAUCGAUGCCGGAAGCGCGCAGAGCGAUGAGCGAAACUUUUACCACUCACCCAUCCUCGUACACACCAAACAACACACAUACGAAUCCCCUACUGAAACCACUCCAGUUUCACUCUUUUAACGAACACAUGCAAACGCGUUAGUUAACCCAACUAUAAAUUGUAGAGGAAAGAAGAAAAAAAAAAUACAAAACAAAUACUCAAUUUAAUAAAUUUGAAUAUUUAAACAAAUCAAGAAUAAACACACAGAAGUAAAUUAAGUAAAGUCAUUAAACAAAAAAAGCAACUCUCUUUAUCGAUUUCCUAGCGUUCCGAAUGGUAACAUAAAAUGAUAAAAUUAUUAUUAAAUGGGGGGGGGGGCAAGCAUUAACCCCCGCUCAAACGGACUUGAAACGUAAGAAGAGGAAUAUGAAGCUUAUCGUUUCCGGCGUCACUUUUUACACUGUUUCGAUUAAAGGAAAAAAACAAAAAUGGCGUUACAGUGCCGGAACGGAAAAUAAUGCCAGUAAAUCAAAUUAAGUAAAAAAAGAAUAAAAAUAUCCAAACAUACACACACACACCCGCACUCGUCCACAUCGAGGCACGAUUCUGUUAGAGAAACAAACGAACACACACACACACCCUAAUAUCCGCGAACUACGCAAAAAAAAAGGUUGCCGAUCUGAGUAAUGUCAAAGCAUUGAUGAAAUUGUAACGGGAGGAAGGGCAAAAAACUAUGUCUGUGAGCAAUUGUAGAACAAAAAAAAAAUUAUGGGAAAAAUUAUGGCAAAAAUCGGUAUGUGAGAGCAGGAACACGCGUAAACGUUGAAGGGGCGAAAACAGAGCAGCAGCAGCAGCAGAAAAAAAGCAGAACCUAAAAAGUAUGAUAAUAAAACGAAAUUCAAUCAUUACAU